AUGCUAUAUUGUUUGUUUACACAUAGAAUUAUUUUCUCAUUGUGCCCAUUUUUUUUUUUCUUUUUGUUUUUCCUUUUUGUUUGUUUGUUUUUCUUGUCUCUUUUUCUUCUUUUUUCUUUUCUCCCUUUUUCUCUGUCUUUUCUCCCUUUUUCUCUUUGUCCCUUUUUCUCUUUGUCUCUCUUUUUCUCUUUGUCUCUCUCUUUGUCUCUCUUUUUCUCUUUGUCUCUCUCUUUGUCUCUCUUUUUCUCUUUGUCUCUCUCUUUGUCUCUCUUUUUCUCUUUGUCUCUCUCUUUGUCUCUCUCUUUGUCUCUCUUUUUCUCUUUGUCUCUCUCUUUCUCUUUUUCUCUUUGUCUCUCUCUUUCUCUCUCUCUUUCUCUCUUUCUCUUCUUCCCUUCAAUGCUAUUGACCAGAUUCUUCUGUCGUCUUUCUUCUGUAAUUUUUUUUUCUUUUCUCUUUUUGUCUGUCAUGUUUUGUUUCUUGCUUUCCUCAUGCUCUCUAUUUUAUCAUUUCUUCUUUCCCCUUCUCUCUUUCCCUCCCUCUCUCUCUCUUCCCCUUCUCUCUUUCCCCCUUCUCUCUUCCCCUUCUCUCUUUCCCUCUCUCUCUUUCCCCUUCUCUCUUUCCCUCUCUCUCUCUUUCCCCUUCUCUCUUUCCCUCUCUCUCUCUUUCCCCUUCUCUCUUUCCCUCUCUCUCUCUUUCCCCUUCUCUCUUUCCCUCUCUCUCUCUUUCCCCUUCUCUCUCCUCUCUCUCUCUUUUCCCUUCUCUCUUUCCUCUCUCUCUCUUUCCCCUUCUCUCUUUCCCUCUCUCUCUCUUUCCCUCUCUCUCCUUUCUCUCUCCCCUUCCCGAGAGCAUUUUCUUUCAUGUCUGAUUUUAAUCUUCGUACAUUUUCUUUCUUCUUCAGGGGCUGAUAUAUGGCCCAUGUCAACCAUGGCCACCGGCCGAAGCUUGGAUGAGAGUGAUGCUUCAAUGCGGCAACGACUAGUGAACAGCCUGAGCCAAAGCUUUCCAGGCAGUGCACUGUCGCGGGCCCUUCAUUGUAUGGACUCAGACUCUGAGGAUAUGAAAACCAACCCCCUCAGCAGUAGUUGUUUCUCAGAGCUACGGCUAGUGAAAGGGGAGAUGGAUGAUGAUGAUGAACUAACGAGCCUUGCCUGGCUCCAGGAUACAAAUUUAAUUAAAAACAUUAAUGCAGGUGAGGUGGAUGAGCAGUUUACCGAUGAGGAUGGACAGAAAGAGAAUGGAGAUAUACGGACAGUUGUCCCUACAUCAGCUCCUGUUCACCCACCCCAUGUACCGUAUAACCCCCAAAAACAUAUCAAUAGCAAGCCCCCAUAUUCUUUCAGUUGCUUGAUUUUUAUGGCCAUUGAGGAGUCACCACAAAAGAGCUUACCUGUCAAGGACAUUUACUCUUGGAUUUUAAAAAAUUUUCCUUAUUUCCUCAAUGCACCUACUGGUUGGAAAAACUCUGUACGACAUAAUUUGUCAUUGAACAAGUGCUUCAAAAAGGUCGAAAAGGACAAAGGCCAGCAUGCUUCACUCUAUCUCUCUCUCUCUCUCUCUCUCUCUUAUAAGGGCGUGUCUGUCUCUCUUUCUCUGUUAGUGGCUGUCUGUUUGUUUCUCUCUCUAUAUAUAGUAAGUGUCCCUGUCACUCUCUCUAGUGUCUCUGUUUGUCUCUAUAGUGUCCUAUAUGUUUCUCUCUGUCUCUCUAUAGUAAUUGUCUCUGUCUUUCUCCAUAGUGUAUUUGUUCUUUCUCUUUCUCUCAAAUGCUUGCAUGUAUCUUCCUGCCUUUCACUCUCUCUCUCUCCCUCAACAUUUGUUUGUCCCUCCCACUCUCGUAUGCUUGUGUUUAUCCCUCCCUCACUUUCUCACUCCCACAGCUUUAACUUUUCCUAUUUCUCUCUUGACACUUUCUCUAACACAACCCCCCCCCUUCCACCCAGUUUUCUCUUCUUCCCGGCAUUUCUCUUAGAAUCCGAUUUAGAUUCUGCUGGGGUUGGUGCAGUUGGUGUCGCUGAUAAGUCAUUUUGUUCUUCCUUCCUGCUCACUGUUGGAUGCAGGGGAAUGUCUAUAAUGCCAUCUGUCACAUUUUGCUGUCACUGA